AUGUCAUCGUUCUCUGAGGCCUUAUUCCGGCCAGAGGCCUGGCCGACUCUGAUUGCCAUACUAAUCGGCUUUAUCAUCCCAACUCUUCUACUGCGCAGAUACUCAAAGCUUAGCGAUAUACCCGGCCCGUUCUUCGCAUCCAUCACUAGACUCUGGCAUGUCCGUCAUAUCAUCAUAGGAGACCAGAAUGUCAAACUCGUUGAACUGCACAAGGAACAUGGGCACUUCGUUCGUGUCUCACACGACGAAGUGAGUGUCAGCCAUCCGGAUGCUAUGAAGAAAAUCCUUUUAGCUCCUCUCCGCAAGUUCCCAGACUGGCGCUGGGAGAACCCGUUUGCCGAGCUGGACCCGAAGAAGAAGAUUGAACGCUCCAGGAACUUCGCGCCAGCUUACGCCCUCAGCAGUAUUCUAAAGUCCGAGGCAGCUAUAGAUGAUGUGAUCGCGAAGCUGUGCGAUUGGAUGAACGAGUAUGCAGACGAAAAAAAGCCCAUGGACUUGGACUGGUUCUUCACGUAUGCGUCCUUCGAUAUCAUUGGAGAAGUCAUUUUCUCCAAACAGUUCGGUUUCAUAGAAACCGGGACAGACGUCAAGAAUGCUAUCCACAACGUUGCAAAUCUAAACGCUUAUGGCGCUAUCGCAGGAUUCUAUCAUUGGUUUCACUACCUUGUCUGCAACCCACUCGUCACCUGGACCCAGCUCAUGCCCUACGGGCACAUGUAUGACGUGACCUUUACAGCGAUAGAUCAGCGCCGGAAGAACCCAGACGCGCGGUAUGAUCUGAUUGCUCACUGGCUCAAGCAGCACGAGGAACACCCGGAACGCCUGUCGAUGAGGAACAUUGAAGCACACUCAUUCCAAGCCGUUGGCGCCGGCUCCGAUACGGUCUCGAGCGGCCUCCAGAGCUUUGUCUACCACAUCAUUCGAAACCCGGAAGGAAGGCACUGGCAAAAGUGUCGGGAUGAAAUUAGAGAUGCUCAGAGUCAGGGCAUGUGCAACGAGCGCGUCGUGUCCUUUGCCGACGCCCAGAAGCUGCCGUAUCUGCAGGCGUGUAUAAAAGAGGGGCUCCGCGUCUUCUCGCCCACUCCCAUGGGACUCCCGCGGGAGGUUCCCACGGGCGGCCUGACGAUCGGUGACAAGACUUUCGCCGCCGGUACCAUUCUCUCGGUCAACUCCUGGGUCAUGCACUACUCAACCGAGAUCUGGGGCCCGGAUGCCGCCGAGUUCAGACCGGAGAGGUGGCUCGGCGAGGAUGCCGAUGCGUUGGACAAGUAUUUCAUGGUUUGGGGUCAAGGCUACGCCGCGUGCCCGGGCCAGAAAAUUGCUAGGUUGGAAAUGUCCAAGAUCACUGCUACAAUUGUUCGCGAUUACGACAUCCGUCAGGUCGAUCCUCAGCAGCAAUGGGUUUGGAAGGCGAGGUUCGCAAUGCUCCCACACGAGUGGCCUGUCUAUGUUACGAAGGCCAACUCGUGGGAUAAUUAUGUUCGGCAGCCAGUAUAAGACGGAGUGUCAUUGGGCAAAACCAUGACAGCCACUUUGCAUGGGCGACGUAGUAGAUUAGGAGGAGAGAGAGAGAGAGAGAGAGAGAGAGAGAGAGAGAGAGAGAGAGAGAGAGAGAGAGAGAGAGAGAGAGACAGAGAGGAGCAAUCUCUCAGGAAACGGUCGGCUCCGAUUAACCGUGGUGGCAAGAGGAGAGUUGAAUACGCAGACCUGUCAUCAACAUAAUUUCAAGAAGUGCCUUUGCUCUUCAAAUUUUGAAUUCCCACGACUCUGAAGUACACAAGUAUAUUGUUAGCAGAAGACGAACACAUACGGCGAAUAAAUGACUCGACCUAGAUAGAGGUUCUUUUGAUCACUACCUAGAUUCUAGAGGACAAGCCGCAAUGACAUAACAAAUA